AUGAGAGUUCACACUGGAGAGAAGCCGUUCACAUGUGAUCAAUGUGGGAAGAGCUUCUCAAGGAAAGAUAGUCUUGAGAUUCACAGGGCAUUUCACACCAGAGAGAAACUGUUCACUUGUGAUCAGUGCGACAAAACAUUUCUCUGGGCAUCAAAUCUGAAGAGACACAUGACAGUUCAUACGAAGGAGAAGCCACAUUCAUGUUCUGUGUGUGGAAAGAGUUUUUCACUGCUGUCAUAUUUAAAAGUGCAUCAGAAAACACAUACUGGUGUGAGAGAGUACAUGUGCUUUGAGUGUGAGAAGACUUUUAUUACAGGGAGUGAUUUAAAACUGCACCAGAGAAUUCACACUGGAGAAAAACCUUACAAGUGUUCACACUGUGACAAGAGAUUCAGUCUGUCAUCACAUCUGAAAAAACAUGAGAGGAUCCACACUGGAGAGAAACCUUACAAGUGUUCACAAUGUGACAAGAGAUUCAGUUUGUCAUCAAAUCUGAAAACACAUGAGAGGAUCCACACUGGAGAGAAACCUUACAAGUGUUCACAAUGUGACAAGAGAUUCAGUUUGUCAUCAAAUCUGAAAAAACAUGAGAUGAUCCACACUGGAGAAAAACCUUACAAGUGUUCAUACUGUGACAAGAGAUUCAGUUUGUCAACAAAUCUAAAAACACAUGAAAGGAUCCACAGCAGAGAGAAGCCGUACACAUGUGAUCAAUGUGGAAUAUGUUUGAGUUUUAAAAGUCACCUGAAGUCACACAUGAAGAUCCAUACAGUGGAGAAACCACAUCACCACAGUCUGAAAUCACAGUGA